CAGCGGUUCGCGUGCGUGCAACAUGCUUCGAAGCGAGAUAACAUUCACGCUGUUAUGCGUCCUAUUGAUAAGACACCACGUAGAAGCAGUAAUCAACAAAUCUCAAGCAUCCUCAGCCACCGAGGAGAAGAAAGAAAAUGAAGUGAAAGCUGACGAGAGGAUAAGUAACUCAUACGGUCCACCAUCGAGCGACUAUGGUCCUCCAAGUGGUUCAGAUUUCAAAGGACCGGCACCCGUGUACGGUCCACCAGAAUUAGUGGGUGAUCAAGGACCAACACCGAUAUACCCACCACCACCGCCAGACGUGCCUCCACCGGCAUUCGGGCCGCCGUUAGCCUCGUACGGCCCACCACGUAUUAAACCGCAUUUCGGCCCCCCAAAACAAAAUUACGGCCCUCCACUGUCAUUGCCGUCAAAGCUGAGCUUCGGCUCGCUGAAGCUUCACUAUGGGCCACCGAAGCAGCAUUACGGACCACCGUACUCGUUCACAGCGUUUAGACCGCCGAAAACUCAGUACGGGCCGCCGUUGAAGUUCAGUUCCGCGGUGUCCAGCCAGUUCACGACUAUAGCGUCUUCGGGACACGGGUCAGUGAAACCGGGGCACAGUUUGCCCGUGUCUUUGGAUGCUUACGGUCCACCGCAGAAACUCGCCGUUCAGUUCACUUCCCAGCCGAGCGACAAUUACGGACCGCCGCCGCAGUCUCUACCUAAUAUUCAGUACGGUCCACCUGCCGGCGACCUGUACAGGCCACCCCCAGGACCUCUGCCAGGAGUGCCAGCCCCGCCUACUCCGCCUGACAUAAAGUACGACGGCUGGCAGCCGAUCGCCGGAUUAGCCAGCCAACAUGGCUCUGUCGAGAGCUACGGCGCGCCUUUGGAGAACUAUGGCGUACCUGACAGUGAGCAAAAGAAUAUUCACGGUUCCUCUAUAAACUUGCAUGUGUCUCAAUCUUCAUCGAACGCCGCCGCUGAACAUUCGAACGUACCAAGUGAUUCUUAUGGAUUACCAAUUCAUAAUCCCGAAGCUCAAGACCUGAAAAGCUCGGUGAGUAGCGGUUCCAGUGAUAACGAUGGGCUGCCACCUCCACCAUUGCCACAGUAUGAACCUUUCCAUAACGAGAACCAGGCGCAUUUGAAGAAGGAGGAACAAAAGGUACCCAAUGUGGAACCGCUUUCUAUCGUUAAAACUGUAGGAUUUGAAUUGUUGCCUACCUCAGGACCUCUGGUUGCUGAUUUGAAUGUAGGUUCCCUGCCAACCUUGAAGUUGCCUGUUGUUGAUAGCGGAGCCCAACUGAAUCUUGAUCAUGGUGUCUCGCAUGCGUUUCAGAAUAUAGGAAACGAUUUGUCGCUGACACAAGUGAACGCAUUGUCAGGUUCUUACGGUCAACCGUUGCCGAUUGUGUCCCUUGGACAUUCUGUGAACUCUAUCGAGGCUGGAUUUCCUUUGCCUCCUCCGCCAGUACUCGACACCUACAGUGCACCACCACUUUCGUCUUAUUCUUCUAAUGGUCCGUACCCAGCUGCCGAAUCAGGCCGGUCGUCGUCACUGUUCUCGUCGUUUGGACUGCAAAGCAGUUCUCUUUUCAAGCAAAAUGUUCAUCAUCAUCGUCCACAUGGGUCGUUCAGAACACCUCUCUCUCCACCUGCUUCCCUGAUACCACCCAGGAAUCGCGACCCGAUUAAAUUCAAGGAAGCCGUUCCCAGCGGACUUUUGACUAACCUGAAUCGCUACUUACCGCCGCCACCUCGGCAUUUCGGUUUUACCAAGGCAACGAAAUCUUUUAUCCCACCGUUCUCAUUUGAACAAAAAUUGCCUAGUCCAGGUGCCCCGAUCGCUUUCCACAAAUUAAACGGUUUUGACUUCAAUUCGCCGAUAGCAGCACCUAACGUGCACUAUGGGACGCCAUUGUCCUUCGGUGACUUCAACACCCCGGCGCCGAUUUUGACAUACGGAGCACCCAACUUCGGACCUCCAUCUAGUUUUAUUUCAACAUCCACAGGUUUUGGAAAGAAUCUGUAUGAUAGUGUUAGCAACACUAUAACAACCACGUAUGGAACACCCAUAAUUAAUGCGCCGCAGACAACAGGAGUUGCUCAUGAUUGUGGCUUCCAGCAAGGAAACGGUCUACAGUAUAAUUUACAUGACACUGGAACACACGCAGGAGGCUUAGAAUCAUUCGGUCAAGCUCAUUCUGCUGAUCUGAACCGCAAUACGCUUCUAAAAGUGGAACAAUUGCCAACUGGUUCGGGUGGCCCGUCAGCAUUGGGUCAGUUGAACCUGGAAAAGGAUCAGAAUCUAGGCUCCAAAGACAGCUAUGGAAAUUCAGUGGGUGCUACGUACAAUAUCCUAGAACAUGCGGAUAGUGUCUUGUCCAGUGAUCAUAGUCAAGGAUCCGAGGUUGCUAACGUGCUGGCAGCACCACCUUCUGCACCGACUCACGAUGUAGUGUCUUCUAAUACGCAGUAUCACCAGGAAGGAGGAAUAAGGGCUGAAGCCCUAACAACAGCUUUAAACGAGCAAGAGUUUGGUCGUGCAAAAAACCUUGGCUCCGGCGACGUAGACGCUAGUCAAUUUUUAAGCACCCACGAAGGUAGCGAAGCAUUGUCCCUGGCGAAAGGUUUGACGAUCGCUAGUGGUAGGGACGGGUUUGAGAUCCAAGGAUCCAAGGGAACUUACAUGCUACAGAUCCAGCCGGCUGAUGGAGGACUCGGAACGGAGAAUUCGGAUGGCAGCAUAAGGCACGAUCAGGUAUUGUCUAAUGGACUGUUGCAGGACAUAUUGGCUGCUAUUGAGCAGCCGGAACGUGGCCACGUGCAGCUUCAAGGUCUACCAGAGGCGCAGUCUUUGCAGCACGUGUACAGCGACCUGCCGCAUAGUUUAGGCACCGAUGUACCCAAGGGACAUUACAUCACUGUGGACGAUGACACAGCAAAGACAAAUGUUAAGGAUUUGGUUGGACACGCUGAGGAUAGGAACGAGGUUCAGCUUAACGACGCAGAUCCUGCUAAGAAAGAAGGAGUUGCCUUCUUCUUCAACAAUCAGUACGGUGACUCGAAAAAGGAGACGAGGUCAGUUGUGAAAAGUGAGACUGUGGUUACCGCUUCGUCUAAUGAGGGUAAAACUGUUGGCAAGGAAAAGUCUUCAUAA